AUGGCUAGUGGCCCACCGCCCGGUCCGCCAGGAUCGGUGGUUGCUGCUACGAAUAAGAAAAGGAAGGGGAACGGCUCAGGGAGGGUUGUGCCCAGUCAUCAUGGUGGCGCCGCGCUGACGGGCUUUCGGCAAGCGCCUGUUGAGAGCCUCAACUUGGAGGAGGUGUACGGAUCGCUCAUAUCGUCGCCCGCAACGGGUCGGAGGAGGUCGCCUUUCGCAACGACUUUCUCUUAUCCACCGCACGUGCAGGGUGUUUUGAAUAAUAGGAACUCUUGUUUUAUAAAUGCCGUCCUGCAGGCACUGGUAUUUACGCCGCCCUUCGCGCAGCUAGCCGUUUCGGCAGCGGCAGAAAUAGAAUUGUGUCCAACACUUGCUACUUUGGGCAGAUGGCUGCUGUCGUACUGGGCGAGGCUUCCCACACAGUCGAUUGCGCCGCCACGCCUUCCCCUCGCGUUACACGGGCAAGCGACGUCGUUUUCUUCGCCCGUGCGUCAGGGCAAUAUGGAUGGGUCAGUCCAGGAAGAUGCUGCAGAGUUCAUGCAGCACAUGCUUGAGAUUAUACAGGCGGAACUGUGUGCAUUGGAACGGCGCUUUAGACAAAACGCUAAGUUCGGAGACACCGCAGAUGACUCGCAUGGAAAUAAGACACAAACAAAAGGGUGGACCUUUGUGAAUGGGAGAGAGCGGCUCUCUGUGCGGGAGCAGAGCGACGAGAGGCACUCCAUUCUCUUCAGUGCCAUAUUUGGCGGUUCAGUGGAGAGCCACCUGAAGGGUAAAAGCAAAACGAAGGAUCAUGUAUCAGUUGUUGUCGAGGGUUUUUUCAUGCUGCAGGUAGAUGUCUGCUUCGGUGCGGAGUGUAGCCUCGAAGUGGCUCUUGAGAGGACGCUUCAGAUGGAGCGGGUACACGACGACGCUCGUGAAAAGGAUCUUCUUAAAACGCUUAAGCUGCGGCGCCUACCGAUUGUGCUUCUUCUUCAGGUGCGGCGGUGGGCUGUGACCGCGGAGGGAGAACUUGUUAAACUGGACAAUAUUGUGCACUUCUCCAAAACUCUGGUACUUCCCAAGUCCACGUGCGCUGACACCACAGUUAGCAACGCGGCAAGGACGUAUGAACUCGUGGCAUUUGUUUCCCAUCGUGGUAGGGCCACUGAGCGUGGGCACUAUGUUGCUUAUCUCACAGACGCGUCAUCGUCUGGUAAUGUUGCUCCGGCAGCGGUGGAAGCGGUGCGUGGAGGCGAGGUGCUUACGCUUUGCAAUGACGCGCGGGUGACGACGGCCACCAUGCAGGAGGCUGUUGAAGGGGAAGCGGUGUAUGUUCUGGUGUACCAGCACAAGGCAUAA